AUGGAUGCCUGUGGCCGUUUGCCCCAUUCUACCCGCCAUCAUCUGUUCUCCAUCUAUUUCAGCAAGGUCAACCAUAUCCUGCCCCUUGUCGACCAGGCAUCUUUCGCCCAAGCCAGCUCGGAUGGCGUCGCAUCUGUUUUUCUGGAGAGAGCCAUUUGCCUUGUCGCUGCUAAAGAUAGGGCGGCUGGUCCUCACCUUCGCUUUAGCAAUGAUGGCCCCCUCAUUUCCUCUCGUUCAUUCUGCUCUAAACUAUAUCAAGGAUUGGUAGUCGCUUUAAAUGUCGGGCUGGAACCUGAUAGACUUUGUCGUAUCCGCAUCUUGACCCUUAUGUCACUGCAUUGUGAGGGGUACGAAGGUGCAGAAGCGGCGUCUAUGCACCUGUGUCAGGCCAUUCAUCAAGCUCAGACGGUAGGCCUGCAUUUGGACCGACCGGGUCGGGCACCCGGCGAUUCUCUAUUCAACCUUUUCUGGUGCCUAUGGGGCCUGGAUAGGAUGCAUGCCUGUAUUGGGGGUCGCCCAGUCAUCCUCUCCGACUGCGAUAUCGGAAUUGAGAAACCGAAAAUUCAGGAUAUUUCUCCCAGAUCCGCCUUUGAUAUCUGGUUUGCAAUAUCUGAUCUUCUGUCGACCGUGAUCUCGCUUUAUCGGCCAUCAUCGGACCAUACAGUUGGAUGGGAGGGGGAAUUCCCUGCAUUUGAAGGCAUUACAGGCGAUAAAUUGCAAGAUGACCUGGACUUCACUACACUAGGUCUCCUUGAGCUCUACUAUCAUGCAGUUGCCAUACUGUCAUGCAGAUACAAGGUUACCCACCGGUCGGAUGAGUCCAGGCCUUCAUAUGUCCGCCAAGGUCUUGCUGCCAUCCGAAUCCACUCCAUUGCUGCUAUCGAAUGCUCCCAAGAGUUACCGCCUUUGCCGAUUGUUCCAUACGCAUUAGCACUUUCUAUGGGUGUGUCAUAUCAACAAUUUCGCUCAAGUAAGCUCAUCACGCAUCUUGAUCGAGCCCGAACCAGCCUGGAAGCUUGCUGUACUCUGCUCGAAGAACUGGGCGGGCUCUGGUAUUCUGCAGAAGCAACGGCACGACUGGGCCGGAAAGCGUUGCACCGAAUUGACGAGGCCGAGCUUGGACAUCACCAACAUGGCCGGGCUGCCAGUCCCGCCACGCCCACAACCCAGAAUCCGAGGGCGUUUCUCUCCCCGCCUCCGGAUUCAUCUUUCGAUCCCGCCCAGGGUACUCAGAGUAAUGUACGCAGUGGGGCGCCCUCGACUGCGCUAGGGCAGGAACUUCCGCCCCGGCCAUUUUACUCGCAAGAUAUCAGUGCCCCAGACCCUGAACAUGACAGCUUUACGGACAUCGACACGUUGUUUGGAGAUUUCCUCGAUCUCUCCCUGCCCACCAAUUUCUGGGACCCCUUGUUCAUGGCAGAGCCACCUCCCGGGACCUAG